AUGCUGAAAGCUGUGGAGAUUUUAUUGAUUUUUGGUCUCUUAGCACUAUGCUGUGAUUCUGUGCAGAGUGCUGCGCCUUAUUAUGGGUAUGAUUUUAAUCGAAGGUAAGGAAAUUAGAAAAGGUGUACGAUAUACUAUAUAAACUUAUACAAACUUCGGAGAUCUUUUGAAUUUUUUCCCCGAGUCAUUGAAUUUUACGUAUAGCGCGAAAAAAAGGUCGUUAAAUUUCUUGCUAUGUCUUCAGAUACAUAGUCCUACAUUAAUCAAUGUGUAAGGGCUGUAGAAUGCCAUUUUCAGAACCCCUAUUAUUUUGAAAUAAGCAUGGUAUCAGUCUGUCGGGAAAAUAAUGUGGAAUCGCCCGUCAUCGCUUUGCGACGCUAGCCGCGGCUGGAGAUUUAGUGCGCGGCUGCGACGAACCGUGACAUUUUUCUGCGACAUUCUCCAUAUUAUUUUCCCGACAGGCUGAUAUAAAGUAUGAAGCAAAUGUGACGGCCACCCAUUCAUUUUAGUCCAUCAUUUUUUAAUAAAAUAUCAACUUAUUAGCCCCUUUAACACAACCGGAUUGAAGCAGUUUACGGUCACAUUUUUCUCCAAAAGUUUAUCUACAGUAAUAGCGCUAAAAUGCUACUCUUUCCCACUAAACUAUAGUUUGUGGCGUCCAAUUUCGAUACCGUAGGCUAAUCCAAUCCUAUCACGUUCCUCGUUUCACAAGGGACAAAGUCGUAUGCCGCAAAACACCAAAUCAUCGGGCACAAACCAAAAAUUACUCUGCAGAGCCAAAGGUCAACUGAUGAUUUUUUCUUCAUUCGCAACAUUCAAUUUGUCCCAUUUCAGGAAUAACUGGGCCUCGCCGACCUCGGUCUUCAACCCGUUCCCGUUCGGGCCGCUGAAUUCGCCCGCCCCUUCCUGGGCCUUCCUCUACUCGAACAAUGUGAACGACGUCUACAAGCACUGA